AUGGAACUUCAAUUUGUUGUUUUUGCAAUGUUUGUUAUUGUUGCUUCUUCAUCUUGUUUAUGUGUUAGAUUAACAUCACAUGAUUUAAGACACAGCUUCAAUGUUCUUGACUAUGGUGCUGUUGGGAAUGGCAAAAAUGAUGAAUCAAGGGCUUUUAUGGAUGCAUGGAAAGAUACAUGUAGUGCAAUUUAUGAGAGUUCAACACUUGUUAUACCCAAAGAAAAAACAUUCAUGUUGCAGCCUCUGUGGUUUAUGGGUCCUUGCAAUUCUCCAACUAUUUAUGUAAAGCUUGAGGGAACUAUCAUAGCCCCAAACACCAUUGAAGGUUGGAAAUGGCCUAAUGAGAAUGAUAGAGGCUCAUGGAUACGUUUCUCAUACAUAAAUGGGCUUGUUGUUUAUGGAGGUGGACUCAUUGAUGGCAAAGGUGCUCCAUGGUGGGAUUGCUACUCUAAUGUCAUGUGUGAAAGUGAAAAUCCAACUGCUCUUCAUUUUCAUGCUUGCGAAAACUUAAUUCUAACGGGAUUGACUCAUAUCAACAGUCCGAGAAAUCAUAUAAGUUUAAACGCAUGUCAUGGCUCACAAAUCUCUAAACUUCAUAUUAUCGCACCAAAUGAAAGUCCUAACACUGAUGGGAUUGACAUCGCUGAAUCAUCUAACGUCGUCAUUGAGAAUUCAAAGAUGGAAACCGGUGAUGAUUGCAUCGCAAUUAAUCAUGGUUCCACAUCGAUUGACAUCGUUGGCAUUUUUUGUGGACCCGGCCAUGGCAUAAGUGUUGGGAGCCUAGGAAGAAAUGGAGCUGAAGAAUCAGUUGAAAAGAUUUAUGUGCGAAAUUGCACCUUCAACGGAACCACAAAUGGAGUAAGAAUCAAGACAUGGAUGGGAGGAAAUGGGUAUGCAAGAAAAGUAACAUUUGAGGAUAUCAUACUUAUUGAAGCCAACAAUCCAGUUAUAAUUGAUCAAGAAUACAAUCCAUAUGAUAGUUUAUAUGGCUAUGCUGUUAAAGUGAGUGAUGUAACUUUCCGCAACAUAAGAGGAACAUCAAUUUCUAAACAUGCAAUUCAAUUACAUUGUGAUGGAUCCAUAAGUUGCACAAACAUUAUACUAGAAGGGAUUAACAUAACAUCUUCAAUAGGAGAAGAAGUUCAUGCAUCAUGCAAAAAUGUAAAUGGGAUAUGCAAUUCAUGUAUUCCAUAUGUUCCAUGUCUUUCUCAAGAGUGA